UGGUGCGCUGUGUCCCUGGGACACAGCGGAUCACCGAUCCACGGAAAGAGCCAAAGAUGACGGCUCGGUCAUGUGAUCAGCUGUGUCCAAUCACAGCUCAUCAGUGAUCAUCAGGGCACUGAUGAUCAGUGUAGCCCCAGCAGCGCCACCUGUCAGUGCCCAUCAAUGUCAGCUGUCAUUGCCCAUCAGUGCUUCAUCAAUGCCACAUAUCAGUGCCUACCAGUGCACAUGAAUGCCACAUAUCAGUGCCCAUCUGAGCUGCCUUUCAGUGUCACCUCUCAGUGCCAGUCAGUGCCACCUAUCAGUGCUGCCAAUCAGUGCCACCUAUCAGUGCCAGACAGUGCCGCCUAUCAGUGCGCAUCAGUGCCACCUAUCAGUGCCAGUCAGUGCUGCCUAUCAGUGCCAGUCAGUGCUGCCUAACAGUGCCAGUCAGUGCUGCCUAACAGUGAUAGUCAAUG